CGGCGCCGCGUUUGAAUUCGAGGAGGAGCCGAGCGGUGUCAAACCUUCUCCCAGACCCUGCUAGACCGCCGAGCAACUCCGGGAGCAUGAGUGCGGCGCCAACCGCAGGCAAGCUGGCGCGGGCACCAGCCAACCCAGGGAAAGCCGGGGGCCCCCGCGCUGCCGCUUCGGGGGCCCCAGCUGCCGCCCCGCCGGGGAAAGAGAUCCCGGAGGUCCUGGUGGACCCACGCAGCCGGCGGCGCUAUCUGCGGGGCCGCUUUCUGGGGAAGGGCGGCUUUGCCAAGUGCUUCGAGAUCUCCGACACGGACACGAAGGAGGUGUUCGCGGGCAAGAUCGUGCCGAAGUCGCUGCUGCUCAAGCCGCACCAGAAGGACAAGAUGGCCAUGGAGAUAUCCAUUCACCGCAGCCUCGCCCACCAGCAUGUCGUGGGCUUCCACGGCUUUUUCGAGGACGACGACUUCGUGUUCGUGGUGUUGGAGCUCUGCCGCCGGAGAUCUCUCCUGGAACUACACAAACGGAGGAAAGCGCUGACUGAGCCGGAGGCCCGCUACUAUCUGCGGCAGGUGGUUCUUGGCUGCCAGUACCUGCAACAAAACCAGGUCAUUCACCGGGACCUCAAACUAGGCAACCUCUUCCUGAACGAGGAUCUAGAGGUGAAAAUAGGGGAUUUUGGACUGGCAACCAAAAUCGAAUAUGAUGGGGAACGGAAGAAGACCCUGUGCGGAACUCCUAAUUACAUAGCUCCUGAGGUGCUGAGCAAGAAAGGGCACAGUUUUGAGGUGGAUGUGUGGUCCAUUGGGUGCAUCAUGUACACCUUGUUAGUGGGCAAACCACCUUUUGAGACAUCUUGCUUAAAAGAGACCUACCUCCGGAUCAAGAAGAAUGAGUACAGUAUUCCCAAGCACAUCAACCCGGUGGCUGCCUCCCUCAUCCAGAAGAUGCUUCAGCCUGACCCCACUGCCCGCCCCACCAUCCACGAGCUGCUCCACGAUGAGUUUUUUACCUCUGGCUACAUCCCCGCCCGCCUGCCCAUCACCUGCCUCACCAUCCCUCCCAGGUUUUCCAUUGCUCCCAGCAGCCUGGACUCCAGCAACCGGAAGCCUCUCUCAGUCCUCAACAAAGGUACAGAGAACCCCAUGCCUGAACGGCUCCAAGAAAAAGAGGAGGCAGCAGUCCGGGAGACCGGUGAGGCUGUUGACUACCACCUUGGUGACAUGCUGCAGCAGCUGCACAGCGUCAAUGCCUCCAAGCCCUCGGAGCGGGGGCUGGUGCGGCAAGAGGAGGCUGAGGAUCCCGCCUGCAUCCCUAUCUUCUGGGUCAGCAAGUGGGUGGACUAUUCGGACAAGUACGGCCUUGGAUAUCAACUGUGUGACAACAGCGUGGGGGUGCUCUUCAAUGACUGGACACGCCUCAUCCUCUACAACGACGGUGACAGCCUGCAGUACAUAGAGCGUGACGGCACCGAGUCCUACCUCACCGUGAACUCCCACCCCAGCUCCUUGACAAAGAAGGUCACCCUCCUUAAGUAUUUCCGAAACUACAUGAGCGAACACUUGCUGAAGGCAGGGGCCAAUAUCACGCCACGGGAAGGUGAUGAGCUGGCCCGGCUGCCCUACCUGCGUACCUGGUUCCGCACCCGCAGUGCCAUCAUCCUGCACCUCAGUAAUGGCUGUGUGCAGAUCAACUUCUUCCAGGACCACACCAAGCUCAUCCUGUGCCCGCUGAUGGCUGCCGUGACUUACAUCAACGAGAAGCGGGACUUCCGCACGUACCGCCUGAGCCUCCUGGAGGAGUACGGCUGCUCCAAGGAGCUGGCCAGCCGGCUGCGGUACGCCCGCACCAUGGUGGACAAGCUGCUGAGCUCGCACUCGGCCACCAACCGCCACAAGGCCUCCUCGUAGGCCUGCCCCCGGAACUGGUGCGCCCUCCCCCGCACCGAGGCGCGUUCCGGUCCGCUCUCACGGGCUGCUCUUUGCAGGGGGCUGCUGUGUAAGUUAUUUUUGUACACUUCGGGUGUGGGGUCUGUGGCCCCUUCCCUUCCCUCCCAACCCCACCAUAUGUAUAGAAUAUUGCUGUUGGGUUCAGGACUGUCCUUCCCCUGUCUUUAUAUACAUUAAAUAC